AUGUUGAUUACUCUAGAAUGCAUUCUAAUUGCCUUACAAGCGGUUGCUGCAGUUCGACUUGCAUUACAUCCACCUUCUGGAAUUACCAGUCAAUCAAACAAUAGGCUGUCAAAACGAUCACCCGUUGAAUUGAGUGGUGACAUUGGCCAAUGUUUCACAAUGAAAUUUAAUGUUAAUGGAAUAAAUUUAAAUUUACGAGUCGAUUCAGAUGUCUCUGAUGUAAUAAUACCACUUCCUAGUUCAAUCAACGCUGUAGGUUUGGCUCCACAAAGUAUUUCAAGUGGAAACCCCGUUACUAUAAAGUACAAACUCAAAGAGUAUAAUGGAUUUAGUUCCACAGCCACUGUGACGAUUCCAGGUACUAGGAUAACUGGUGUCAAUUUACCAGUAAUAGAAAUUGAAAAACAAUCGGCAAGUCUGGUUGGUAUUGAUGGAACACUCGAGCAAGGAGUAUUUGGGUUUGGCUAUUCCUUGUUGUCAAAACAUCACACAUCAGUCCCUGCGAUAGAUGCUUUGUACAAUGAUGGUGUCAUUCCUAAUAACGAGAUUGGCAUUCAACUAUGUCCGUAUGAUAUGCUGCAGGAAAGCUUCAUCAAUAUAGGAAACACAGACAUAACUGCAAAAUGCGGAACGAAUGGAAAAAGUGUCGCAUGGGUACAAUCACAAUCAGACGGUUACUUUAGUGUCAACAUCAAGAGUAUACUAGUCAAUGGCAAACGAGUGGAUCUGCCUGCUGAAUUCCAAAAAAAAGUGGAAAAUGGACAUGCUUUGUAUUCAUAUCUACAUACAUGCCUUACAUAUAUGCAUUUUCCUAAAACAGUUGUGACAGCGUUGGUUGAUGCUAUUGUUGGUAGUGGUGCAAUUACUAUCAAAAGGAUUAAACUCAAGCGCAAACUCUACCCAGAAGAAAUUGAUGACGUAUUUUUGGAAAACAGUCUAAUGUCCCAAUCCGAUUAUAAUAUUGAUUGGAGCAAGCUGCCGUCGUUUACAAUUGUAAUGUUUGCUGAAACACCCGUAACUGAUGACAAUCGCAACUCUGUUGUAACGAUCACACUGGGUCCUAGAGACUAUAUACAGAAAAUUAAUUCUGAAGAUUUUGUGUUUGCUGUAGGAGUUGGUCCAAAUGAUUAUGCAGUUCUUGGUGCAUCAUUUAUGACCCGACUUGGAUUGACAUUUGAUCGAGCACAUAAACGCAUUGGAUUUGGUCCUGGAUGUGGAUGCGAAGUCUCGACUGAUGGAUAUCCUACUAUUUCGGACCAUUAUCAAGUACUAUGGCCAUCAUCACAAUUGCCUAAACAACCAAGUACUUCAGGUUCAGAUGGCACAUUUAUUCGCAGAAGGAAACCAACAACUACAACUAAUCAAGUAGCUGUGCCUGAAAACACCCACCACACUGUCAACAGUCGCAAACAGACUCUCAAUAAACUCGAAUGA